UUUGACGUAUUUGGGGAAAUGGCCGUCUAAUAUAACUUUUGCGUCAUUGGCAUGUUUUUUUAUUACGCACUGCAAACUCCGCAGCAAGGCACAACAAACCCCAGUUUUGGUUCAGUUUUGUUGUGACAGUGCAUAGUCUGGUUCAACGUCAUUCAGUCGUGUCGUCACACGCUUCGAAAUUUUCUCACAGAAAUAUCAAAAAGUUCUUUUCGUUUCUACUUUCUUUUCAUUCCGCUCUGUGAUUUUCCGACUUGCGGAUACGAGAAAAAAAAUCCAUAUUUUCUGCAACAAAAAACGUCAAAGCCGUCAAUCGGAACCCCCCACUAGGGCCAUAGUAGCCCCGAGGCCAAGGACCUGCGCGUUAGUACUCAAAGUAGCCUUCCUUUGUUGUUGUUUUGUUGCUGGGUCGUAGGGUUGUCAGCUGUUUUAGGCUUCGCCCAAGUUCCUUUCUUUUAUUCGCAUUUUUAACUCGUUUCUCGCCCAAAAGUGAUGAGCAAAAUGACGCAGACUUCUUUCAAAGAGCGUAGGACCUACGGUCAGAGAGUUAAAGAUGCUGAUAUGGUGAGGGAGCUGCACCCUAACAAGAUUCCUAUCAUUGUUGAGCGUUUUGCUGGAGAGAAAAAUUUGCCUCUAUUGGACAAGACCAAGUUUCUGGUUCCCGAUCAUGUCACUGUUGCCGAGCUCAUCAAAAUAUUGAGACGCCGCAUGCAGCUGAAUCCCAAUCAAGCUUUCUUUUUGCUGGUGAACCAACGCAGCAUGGCCAGCAUCUCCAUGACCAUGGCUGAACUCUUUCAAAGGGAGCAAGAUGAAGAUGGCUUCCUCUACAUGGUCUAUGCAUCUCAAGAAACUUUUGGCUACUAGCUGCAAGCUCUACAACAGCCCAAUCUCUCCACCUCCCGUUUGAUCCUGAUUUCGACACAAAGAAAACUAAGUGUAUAUAAAGUUAGUUUCCAAUUUGAAGCAACAAUUGUGACAGGUUCGUUCAGACACCUUCAGAGGGAUGCUACAAUAGUGAGGCACACCGUCUUAGAUUCUGUUUCUGUGGACAGCAGUGGCUAUUAUGUCAGGAAAACUUUGGGUCAUUUAUUUUCUAUAAUCUUGAACCAUUGAAUUGUUGUUUUUUUUUUGUGUGUGCUUUUCGUUUCGUUAUCGUAUUUCGGUUUUUUUUUUUUCGAUUUCGUCUCGUCGGAUUAGUGUUCAACUUGCAGUCUUAUUCUAUUCGCCGGCUUCUGUGUUGUCACGAGACACAAAGAAAAAGAAAUGAUAAAUGUACAAAAAAAAAUAAUAAUCCAUUUUUGAAAGUGUGUCUGUAAUUGGUAUCCGCGAUUUGAAAUUUUGUUGACCUGUACACCGUUUGAAUAAACGUAUUCAAACCUCAAAAGAAAAAAAA